GUCGCUGCAGCAAAUCGAACAAAUCGGUUGUUUACUUCAUCCACCGGUUCGCGUUGUAUUUUGUGUCCUGCGGAAAUUUUCCCGCAUUUUUCCAGUUUUCGGAACUGAAAUCCGGUUCCAUCAGUGCCGGAAACGAUGGCCAACCGUACGGUGAAGGACGCGAAAAACGUCCACGGCACCAACCCACAGUAUCUGAUCGAGAAAAUCAUCCGGUCGCGAAUUUACGAUUCGAAGUAUUGGAAGGAGCAAUGUUUCGCCCUGACGGCGGAACUGCUAGUCGACAAAGCGAUGGACAUUCGGUAUUUGGGCGGGGUGUUCGGUGGCAAUAUCAAACCGACACCGUUCCUGUGCCUGACGCUCAAAAUGCUGCAGAUCCAGCCGGAAAAAGACAUCGUGGUGGAGUUUAUCAAGAACGAGGAGUUUAAGUAUGUGAGGGCUUUGGGGGCUUUCUACCUGCGAUUGACCGGAUCUUCGUUGGAUUGCUACAAGUACCUAGAACCGCUGUACAACGAUAACAGGAAGCUACGAAGGCAGAACCGGUUGGGCCAUUACGAGUUGGUUCACAUGGACGAGUUUAUCGAUGAAUUACUCCGGGAGGAACGGGCUUGCGAUAUAAUUCUUCCCCGAAUCCAAAAGCGCCACGUCCUGGAGGAGAACAACGAGCUGGAGCCGAAAGUGUCCGCCCUGGAUGACGAUUUGGACGAGGAAAUGCCGAGCGAUGACGAGAAUCUGGAGGAAAUAGCCGAAGCGCUGAAGGCCAAGGAGAAGGAGAAAAAGAUGGAAACGAUCCGGAUAAGGGGUGGAGGGAAGCGGGACCGGUCCGAGUCCCGUGAACGGCAAGAGAAGGUGGUGGCGGUGGAGAAGACGAAGGAUGUGACGAGGGAACAUAAGGAGCGAGGGGAUCCGGAGCGGCACCGAGAUUACGACAGGGGACGGGAGCGGGACUACGAGAGACGAGAGCCCCCGGCGGAUACCCGUCACAAAGAUCGGGAAGUACGCGAGAAGGAACGAGACCGCCAGAGACGUCACGAGCGUGAUCGAAUGGAUGAUCGAGAUCGCGACCGUGAUCGACGGUACGGGGAAAGGGAACGGGAGCGCGAUCGGGACCGAGAACGGGAACGCGACAGAGAUCGCGAUCGGCGGGACAGAGAUUACGAGCGGGAUCGUGACCGGGAUUAUGAUCGCGACCGGGACUACGAUCGGCGGAGACGAUGAAGUGGGAGGUUUUUUAGGUUUAAAAGUUUUCUUCUAAUGUGUGUGUGUAAUGUAGAUUACGAGAAAUUGAAA